AUGUUAUAUGAGCAUUUGUUAUCGACAUUGCUCAAUCCAGAUGGUUCGACACGCUCAAAUGAUGCAUGCCCUGCCAGAAAGGCUGUAGUUGAAGAAUUAAAAAGCUGCCAAAAGCAGAAUGCCAAAAAGGAAAUUAAGAAGAAGGCCCUCGCACAAAUUGCAUCUGAUUUGGAUAGCGGGGUGCCGGACGAGUCCCGAGAUUGCCUUCAGACCAUAGCACUCUGCUUAGAGGCCCCGUCAACCUCGCGAGAGAUUGAAGAAGAAGCUAAGGGAGAGACACUAUCCCUUCUAGCACCCGAUAUUGGCGCAUUCUACUCCAACAUAACCACGUUUAGACAGCCACUUUCUGGGUUUUUAGCGACAACGGUGAAUGAUCUCCGAAGCAUUGCUAAUGCGGCAGCUCCUCCUUCUCAUGGACCGGAAUCUUUCGUACCCUCUCAGUCUCGAUUUACCCGAUCUUCCCGAGUCACACGCGCCCACCAGAAUGCUACUGCUACCAGACAAGCACUUCUUUCCUCACAGCUUCGAGACCGUUUGCGCAAUCUUCGCUCGAUCCAGUUAUCUGAACUCCCAGCUGCCCGGAGAGAGAUGGCAGCGACAGCAGCAAAGGUUUUGGCGGCGCGAACCCAGGUUCUUGAGCGUACGGUUGUUUUACUGGAGCGUGUAAAACAUGGGACAUUGGCUAGGGCCACAAAAGCUAAAGCUGAACACUUAGCUACAGUUGCUGAAGGGGUAGAGGGGAAGUUGAAUGUCCUAAAGCUCGAGAUCUCUGCUAUAAUCUAUACUCCGGACACGAUCUCGGCACUGAACAAGUACCGCCAACACCUCCGUAAUGUGCGUACAAAGCUGGUGGAGAGGCAGCGCCUAGCAACCCAGGAACUGAGAGCUUACGGGGAUGUGGAUGUAGAAGAUGAUAACGAUGAUGGGGCUGGCAACGACCUGAAGAACACUGGGGCUAUGCGUGAGAUCGCACGACGGUACGGGACGUUAGCAAAAAAGCUGGAGGCAGUGAAGAUGGAAAUUAAGAGACUGGAAGGGUAA